ACACCGAUAUAUCGAUUCAGAUUCUGGUUUGGAGAGCAGCGCCGCUCCCUAUGUCAAGGACGGAAUGCUGAUCCAGUUGAUUGCUUCGGACCACCACAGCUGAGUGCUUUUCAUUCGGUUGGAAGCCGAUUAUUUCGUGUCAGGACCUAUCAUGCCGCUUAUUUGAGAAAUUUAAGAAUUUUCCCACGGGUCAUCUUCAGAGCUCAUUCAGGACAGUAUCGUGCUUGUGAUCAUGAAUUUCGGGCUGGAAAUGGAAGUCUGCAGAUCAUUGAAGCCGAUCCGGAUAUGGCUCCAGUGGCACCGUUUUUCAUUCGUUCCAAACCAGAAAUCACUUGGCAUGGGCUACACUACAACGAGGAAUUUACAAUUGCCAUAAUUGAUGUGCUUCACAAUUACGAACCAUCGGAAAACUUUCGUCCGGAACCGAAUCCGAUGGUCGUGGUUGUGUUCGGAACGUCGAAUAUGGCAUUGAAGCUGGAUUCACCUGAUGAUUUCGACAUCUCUAAGUUCAUGCUCGAGAACGAUCUUGCCGACGAUCUGAUAGGAUUAUCGCUGGUGAUCGUAGGUAGCGAUGCGUUCGCCAUUGAACGUCAGCGACUCCGUGGCAAUAUCGACAACUGUCACAGUCUUCUCAGAAGCAGUAAGCUUUCGACGUUUGUUGUUUUAUACAAGGAAAACCACUGCAUGUAG